AUGCCGGUACGGAUAUUGGCCCAUUUAAAAAUAAAUGUUAACAUUAAAUGUUUGGACAUAAUAAAUAAUUGUAAUUCCAAAGUGUGCCAUAAAUUUCAAUCAUUUUCACUUCAAUUUUUAGCACAGGCAUUGGAGCAAGCCUGUCAUGGUUGGUGGAGAGAAGCUAAAAUUUAUGGAAUACCCGGCAAUCUAGUUUUUACUGAUGCUGUAUUUCGAUCUGGUGUUGGACAUUUUACUCAAAUGGCUUGGGCAACAACUUCGGAACUUGGCUGUGCUGUAGUUAGAUGUGGGGGAAGAUGGCGAACUUAUGUUGUUUGUCAAUAUAAUCCACGAGGAAAUAUUAUUAACCAAUUAAUUUACAAAAGAGGAGGUCCUUGCAGUCAAUGUGGGGCUGCUGGGUGUUAUGGAAAUGGACUUUGCCGAUAA